AUGCUACUCAGCAUCUUCGAUCCUCAACUAAUGGCUAUCAAUGAUCCCGAACACAGAGAGGAGGAAGAAGUCGCUGCUGCUGACGACGAAGACACCGCCGCCUUCGAUUUUCACGCUAACAGACGCUCUCAGAUCUUAUUCAUCAUUUCAACUGGACAAAAAUCCAGACUUGCAUCAUCUUCAGUCGGCAACGCCACCAAUGACCCACCCCUGGCGCAUCCGAUGCUCACAGUCGAUCCUUCCUAUUUCUGUUAUUUCAUCCAUGAGCUUCAAGAAGAAGAAUAA